UCAGCUGACGCCAUGGUGCCCGGUCACACGGUAGAUCUGUGAACUCACGACUCUUUCCCGACCCAAAUGACGCCGUGAUUCCGUAAUUCCGUGUCCCCCUCCCGCCGGGCCCGCCCCGCAGGCGCUGAGUGACAGUGCCGGGGCCGCUCCCGGGCGGGGCCGGGCCGGACCGCAGCUCCGCGGCCCCUGAGGUUGAGCCGGAAGAAAUCCCCUAUCAGGUGGAUCUGAGUUGGCCUCAGAAGAGGGGACAGAUGCCUUCCAGCAUAGCCAUGAGCAGUUAUUGGAAAGUCCUGGGAGUUUUCUUGCUCUUUCUUCAAAGUGCACUGUGCCUCCAGCCAGCCCAGCCCAGGGUGCUGCUGGUGUCUUUUGAUGGGUUUCGGUGGGAUUACAUCUACAGAGUGUCCACUCCCAAUUUUCACUAUGCCAUCAAGAACGGGGUGCACAUCAGGCAGGUGACGAAUGUGUUCAUAACCAAGACGUACCCCAACCACUACACCCUGGUGACCGGGCUCUAUGCAGAGAGCCACGGCAUCGUCGCUAACGAGAUGUAUGACCCUGUCCUGAAUGAAACCUUCUCCCUGAACAAAAUGAACACCCACAACUCCAAGUUCUGGGAAGAGGCCAGCCCAAUAUGGGUGACGAACCAGAGGGAAGGACACAAAUCUGGUGCUGCUAUGUGGCCUGGAACAGAUGUGAAGAUACAUGGAGUCUUGCCUACACAUUACAUGCCCUACAAUGAAUCUGUUCCCUUUGAAGAAAGAGUGGCAAAGCUCAUUGGCUGGUUUACAUCAGAAGAACCCAUAAACUUUGGUCUCCUGUACUGGGAACAGCCUGAUGAGAUAGGCCACGUUCUAGGCCCAGAAAACCCACUUAUGGGAGCGAUAAUCAGUGACAUUGACAGAAAACUGGGAUAUCUCAUUUCUGAACUGAAGAAAGCGAAGCUGUGGGAUGUGAUAAAUGUCAUAGUCACAAGCGAUCACGGAAUGUCACAGUCGUCCUCAGAAAGGCUGAUUGAGCUUGAUCAGUACGUGAGCAGAGAGCUCUAUGAAGUCAUCGACCACUCCCCUGCAGUAGCCAUUUUGCCAAAAGAAGGCAAACUGGAUGAAGUAUAUGAAGCUUUGGCCAACGCUCAUCCCAACAUGACUGUAUAUAAAAAGGAGCAGAUUCCAGAUAGAUUUCAUUACAAACACAACAGUAAAAUUCAGCCCAUCUUAGCAGUGGCUGAUAAAGGAUGGGAAAUUGUACAUAACAAGACUGAUGGUUUUCUAUUUGGUAAUCAUGGAUAUGACAAUGCUGUACCAGAAAUGCAUCCCAUUUUUCUGGCAGUUGGGCCUGCUUUCAGAAAGAAUGCCACCAAACAAUUCAUGAAUGCUACGGACUUGUACCCCUUAUUGUGCCACCUGCUUGGCAUCAGCCCACUGCCCAACAAUGGUUCCUUCAAUGCUGUGAAGGAUAUACUUGCUGAGGAAGCUCCUGGAGCCCGUGGAGCAGAUUCCUACUCCACUGUUGUAGGAGUUUUCCUGGGCAGCCUGCUUGUUUUGGUUUUUACUGCAGUUUUUGUUAAGCAUUUUGUCCUCACCCAAGCAAAUUCCAUGCAAAUCCGACACACUGAAGCUGCCCAGCCACUGCUGCAAGAUUGAUAACACCUGGGAUUGUUUCCUGUUUGAGGCUUAAAAUAAGCCUAUACACAGAAAAUAAACAAUGGAGGUGGAUCAGCAUGAAUGUGUGGAGUGAAAGGAGAUGGAUGCUGAUCCAUUGGUACUCUGGGCAUGUACAGACCAGGGAUGGAGAGAGAGUGUGUUCCUGUUUCACCCUGCAGCCACUUCAUCUUCCAGGGCUUGAAGACAUCCUAGGUAAACCUGGGAAGCUCUGUGUGUAUGUAGACCUGUAGUGACAAUAGACCUCAAACACCUUAUUAUGGCUAUUUUUAGGGAAAUAACAUCAACUGGGGUGCACUUCACAGACUAUUAAAUGGUGAUUUCAUUUACCACCCUCUUUUUUGUUUUAAUCUUUGAGGGGUUUUUUGAGUCUCUUUGAUUUUAACAAAUCACUGAAUGGUACUUAACUUCUUUGUUAGUAUUUUUCUUCCCUGCCCAAUGAAGCUUUUGCAUGGAUCACCAUUACAGAUAAAUUGGUGGCUUAGAUCCUGCAGGAAAGAACAUUAUUAUUCAGCUAGGUCAUGCAGUGCUAGGUGUCUAAACUUAGAGUUACAUCUGUUUCUUCAAAUUACUGUGUUAACUGUUGCCCCAAAAUACAAAGCUUAAGUGGUAUUGCCUUUAGCAAUCAGCAUUAAACUGCUUCAUUCUUAAUGUUUUAAAAACGUAUUUAAGUAAAUAUAGGAUUUUACCACUUUAGAUAUGAUUUCAGGUAAAUGUAGGCCUUUACUUUUUCCAUUUCCUGUACACUAAAUUUUCUAGGAGUUCCAUGCAGUUGGCAGGAUGUACAACAUCACACCACUCCAAAUGGAGUCUUUUCUAUUUCUGUGGUACUAAAGGAGGUGCAUAAGUUAAGGAUGCUCAGGCUGGUUUCAGAGGGUUGUCAGGCUUGUCCCUGGUGUGCUACUGGCGAUUCUGAGUUUGUCUUGUGCUUUAUCUGCUCUGUCUGGGUGGGCCCUGGAAUGGGAUGAUCAGGGUUACACACACAGUUUAAAGGGCAGCUCUAUAAAUCUGAAGCCAUAUAUGUUCUUAAAUCUGAAAAAGCACACUAAUAAUAAAAAAAGGUGUAAAACUGGAGUUUGUUUUUCCAGAGGAAAACCUCUGUCAGGAAAAAAUAUUAAUUCUGAGUCAACAAAGGUACAUAUUAUCAUUCUUUUGUGUGUGGCAAUAAAUCUUGCUAGUGUAGUUGUGGGUUUUUUUGUGGGCUCACUUAAAUGGUGAGAAUCUGGUGACUAAAGUUUGUAUGAAAAACGUUAAGUGAGAAAAGUUGUCUAUUGUCAGACUUCUCCCCUUCUCCCUGUGAUAGUAUUUCUCAGCACUUUGUUGCUGAGUAAAAUGCCUGAAGUAGAAAGAAACUUCCAGAAUUAGUGCAGAAGUAGCAGACUAGGUAUUUUCAAAUGUAAUUUAUGUCUGUAUCCACAGCCCCCAGCAGAAGGCAAGGAUGGGAACACCUCUGCUUUGGAUGUGCUCUGCCAAGCCAAGGGUGUGACUGACAGUCAGUACUGCAAAGGGAGGGCUGGAGUACAAAAUUCCUUUUGCUGGGCUAAAUUCCAGACUUAUUGAAGAUCUGUUAUGUUCCUCUGGGAUGGCAGGGACACUUGCUUUAUACCAAGCUGUCUUGCAGACAGAUGUGGACAUUUCCAGAGGUCACAUUUGGGUGCAGCGAAUGCUUCAGAGGGAAGGCAAUGAAAUAGCCCAGCUUAAGGGUUCUGCUGCAAGUUCAGCUGUAAUAGCUUCAUGAAGGCAGGAAAAAUGCAGGUCUGUUGGAACACAGCCCUUGAUUUGGGGGAUGUAUAUGAAAUCCUGUGAACUCCAGCUGACUCAGUGCUGUUACUGUGCUGUGAACUGCCUUGUUUUCCUGCAUUGCCAUUUUCUUAAUAAAACACUGAAGGUAAAGGUUUCUAAGGCUGGUUCUUAGUGCAGCUGGCUGUUAGCUGUGCCUGAAGGUGAAUUUGCUGGCACAGGUAAAAUUGAGUUCUGCAGGGGCUCCAGCUGAACCACGACGCCAGUAAAGUGUUCACAGCAGUUUUCAGAGACCAGGGAAGUCUGAGCACAAAACCCAAACCUCUGAGUUGUUACUAAUCCCUUCCCUAUCCACCUUCCAAGAAGUGUCUGGCACAUGCAAAAUGAUGCACCGAGUCCACUUUUUCUUGCUUAUUUGCAGCUUAAAAUUGAAUUGUAGCAAAAAUUGUGUGUUUAAAGGAAGAUCUGCAGGCUUUGAUAAGGCAACAACAGUGACAAUUGAUGUGGCAAUGCCAAAACCUUCACCUGUAGCUUCUGCACUUUGGAACAUUGCUUUAGUAGAAAUUCUUAUUGCAGUAAUUUCAUAGCAGUGAUUGUGGCAGAUGUAGAAAUAACUGGGUUGUAAUCUCAGAGCUUUUCCUUAAACCCCACUUUAACUGAGGCAAGUAGAGUUCUAUCAUCAGCCAAAGUGACCCUUGAUUUUAAGGAGGGGGCAAAGUUUGUCAGUGUUGAUCAGUCAUUUGGGACUUAGACUUACCUGCCCAAAUAUGAAACAAGGAUAGAGCAGUAGGUUUCCCCCAACAAAGGGUUUGGGAACAAUAACACUCAGAAUAGGCUGGGGACAUGAAUGUGAGAAUUGUUGAUGUCAUUGUUCUGUGUUGCACUGUGAGGCCCUUCUUUGAGGAGGGCAAAAUAAAACUUUGUUAUAUUAAAAAAAAAAAAAAAAAAAAAAAAAAAAAAAAAAAAAAAAAAAAGAGAGAGAGAGAGAGAAUCUUGUAGCAUUAGGAUCAAACAUUUCCUUUAGGAUCAAACAUUUCCUUUAUUCUUGGGUGUAUUUGCAGGUACCCCUUGGGUUGUUCCUUGCUAGAACAUUUGCCCAACUGUUUUAAGUUACUGAGUGUGAGCCUAAUGAACUUGAAAGCACAGAUGAUGCCUGGAGAAAAAUAGCGACUUUUUCUCUGAUGUGACAUUUUGUCAGACACCUUUUUUUUUGGGGAGGGGGGAUGUGGGAUUUGGUUUCUGUGUAUAUGAUACUGUCUAUGAUGUACAAACAAGUUUAUUGGAAAGAGAAUUUGAAUACACUGUGUACUGCUUGUAACUUAAACUUGAGAACCAAGAACGAUGCAUGAUAUGUUUCAUUACUGACCUGUGAAGCAUACAGAUGUCAAAUGUUUUCUUUGUUCCUUCUUGUUUGGAAACGCUGAAGUUAAAAUACAUCUUUGCUAUAAUGCUGUCAAA